GUCUCAACCUAAGUAGCAAAGAUGAAUACCAAGCCCUUUUUCUUCUUGUGCUUUCUCUGCGCACUGUUUCUGAUCUCUACUGCUCUUGCAGCAGAGAAAUCCAAAGAUGAAAAAGAAGCUAGUCCUAAAGUAGACCAAUCGAAGGCAGAUGUUGGAUUACAUGGUUGGGGAUACGGUGGACCUGGCUGGGGAUAUGGUGGCUGGGGGUACGGUGGUGGACCUGGCUGGGGAUACGGUGGCUGGGGACGUGGCUGGGGAUACGGUGGACCUGGAUGGGGAUACAGAGGAGGUUGGGGAGGCUGGGGUGGUGGAGGAUGGAGAAAGAAGGCUGGUGAAGUCAAACCAUAAACAGGACACACGUAUGUAGAACAAGCUAGUAACUAAUAUGUAAUAAAUGUGAAAUAAAGCAUGGAUUUAUAUUCCAUGUCAAGUCUGUAUCAAACAUGCAUGACACAUAUUUUUAUAUUGUACAACUUAUUAGUUACAUAAAUAAAAGGACUAAAAGUUCCAUAAAUCAUCUGAUU